GUUUAAAGAUUACCAAGCCUGUAGCAAUGUACUGUGGGUAAACUACUAAAUAAAGGAAGUGGAGGAAGCUGUGUUACCACCCAAAGCUGAUAACAGAUCUUAUAAAGCCACUUCGACCCUAACAGACGUAUGAAAAGAGCGUUUUUUUAGAUGCAGAGUAACACUGUUAAACAACAAGUAAAGCAUGAAAGAGUGUAGCAUCUUCUUCAUCUGGGUGCUUGUGUUGCUGCUGCAGAGCUCAUCAUGUUCUGGUGACGCUAAUGUUGUAAAUCCCUGUUGCUUCUACCCAUGUCAGAACUCAGGAGUGUGUGUGCGAUAUGACACACACAGCUAUAAAUGUGACUGCACUCGGACAGGUUUCUAUGGAGUCAACUGCACCAUUCCGGAGUUCUGGACCAGAAUUUAUCUCAUGCUGAAGCCCAGUCCGUCUGUGGUUCACUACAUCCUGACUCAUUUCCAGUGGCUGUGGGACUUGGUCAACAACACUUUCUUACGAAACACCCUCAUGAGAUUAGUGCUGACAGGUAGAAGCGAUCUUAUCCCAAGCCCCCCGACCUAUAAUACCAAAUAUGGAUACCUCAGCUGGGAGUCCUACUACAACCUCUCCUACUACACACGGCUCCUCCCUCCUGUCCCGAAGGACUGCCCUUUGCCAAUGGGAACUACAGGUAAACCUGUUCUUCCUGAUGUCAAAGAGCUGACUGAGAGAUUUUUUAAGAGACAGAAAUUUAGGCCAGAUCCUCAAGGAAUCAAUUUGAUGUUUGCCUUCAUGGCCCAACACUUCACGCACCAGUUCUUCAAAACAAAUCACAAAGUUCAAGGAGGCUUCACCCAUGGUUUAGGGCAUGGGGUAGAUGCAAGUAACAUCUAUGGAGAAGACCUUGUAAGGCAGCAUCAACUUAGACUUCAUAAAGAUGGAAAACUAAAAUAUCAGUUGAAAAAUGGUGAGAUGUACCCUCCUACAGUAUCUGAUGUCCCUGUAGACAUGGUAUACCCUGAAGGUUUCCCUGCUGAGCAGCGUCUGGCCAUUGGUCAAAAGGUGUUUGGCAUCCUACCGGGCCUCACCAUGUAUGCCACUAUCUGGCUGAGGGAGCAUAACAGAGUCUGUGACAUCCUGAAGGCAGAACAUCCAACCUGGGAUGAUGAACAGCUUUUCCAAACCACCAGACUUAUCAUUAUUGGUGAAAUCAUCAAAAUUAUAAUAGAAGAGUACGUGCAACAACUGAGUGGCUACCUGCUGAAGCUGAAAUUCGAUCCUUCUCUGCUCUUUGAUGUGCGUUUCCAGUACAGUAACCGUAUCGCCUUGGAGUUCUGCCAGCUCUACCACUGGCACCCACUGAUGCCAGACAGCUUUCUCAUUGAUGGUGAUGAAAUCCCGUUCUCCCAGUUUUUGUACAACACUUCCAUCCUCAUGCAUUACGGCGUGGAGAAGCUGGUGGAUGCUUUCUCUCGUCAGCCUGCAGGACAGAUCGGUGGGGGGCGCAAUUCUCAUGAAAUGGUGCUUAAAGUGGCAGAAUUGGUCAUCAGAGAGUCCAGAGCUGUACGUGUGCAGCCUUUCAAUGAAUACAGGAAAAGGUUUAACCUUAAGCCAUACACGUCUUUUCACGAUUUCACUGAUGACAAAGAAAUGGCUCGAGGUUUAGAGGAACUCUAUGGACACAUAGAUGCUCUGGAGUUUUAUCCCGGUGUCCUGCUGGAGAAAACCCGUGCUGGUGGCACAUUUGGAGAGAGCAUGGUAGAGAUGGGAGCUCCGUUUUCCCUGAAAGGCCUGCUGGGAAACCCCAUCUGCUCCCCUGUCUACUGGAAGCCCAGCACUUUCGGAGGGGAGACGGGUUUCAAUAUUGUCAAAACAGCUACUUUGAAGAAACUGGUGUGUCUCAAUACCAAAUGGUGUCCAUACGUGGCUUUCCACAUCCCACGAAAUGAGGAAGAGGCAAAACCGAGGAAACCAUCUACUGAACUUUGAUCAAUACUUACUUGAUCUUUAUUAGUAACAGAUGAUGUUCUGUCCAAGGGGAGAAAAAGUGAUUUCAGUACUGCAUUUGUUAAUUCAGUUGGUGUAAUCCUGUCUGAAGUCAGUGACAUACUAAACAUUUAAGCCAGUCUACCUCCAGAAAAACAGAGCUGAAAAAUAAUUCAUCCCAAUGUUGAUUGAUGUUCAUCAAGAAUGUUCCUCCAAAUCACAAAACUUAUUCUUUUCAUAGUCGUCCCCCCCCCCCCCCCCCCCGCCCCUUUUUUUUCUGUUUUGCUGUCUAUUUUUUAAGCUUUAUGCAACUCUCUGUAUGAUUUUUGUUUUAAUAUUUGGUAUUAUAAAAGAAGAAAUCAAUCAGAAUUUUCUUGGACAAAAAGUUGUUUUGAGUGUUAAAUUACUCAUUGAAAGAUGAAAAAUGUAUUACAAGUUUUGUAAUUUGUUUAAAAAAAUCCUUACU